UCUAUUCUUUGGCGAAUGUGUGGUCAGCAGGUUUGUUUUCCUGCAAUAAUCCCCCCAUGGAGGGCGCCAGGGUAUAAGAGGGCCGGCAGUGUGCUGGGAAACACACACUCGCACAGAGACAGAGAGUUCACUCCCACACACACAGAGAGCAUCAUGUCUUCCAGUGGAGAGAAGUCCUCUAAAGCUCCUUCCCAGACUGAUGGGAAGACUGCUCAGAGCAAGAAGUCAGAGAUGGGCAUGAUGUCAUACAAGAUGUGCGUCUUCGAUCAGGAGAACUUCCAGGGCAGGUGCAUAGAAAUCAGCACAGAGUGCAUGAAUGUGUGUGACAUGGGAAUGGAAAAGGUUCGCUCUCUGCGUGUUGAAUGUGGCCCCUUUGUGGGUUAUGAACAGAUGAACUUCUGUGGUGAAAUGUACAUCCUGGAGAAGGGAGAGUACCCCAGAUGGGAUUCCUGGAGCAACUGCUACAGGAACGACUUCCUGCUGUCCUUCAGGCCUGUCAGAAUGGACCCUGAGAAGCACAAGAUCUGUCUGUACGAGGUUGGAGAGUUCAAGGGCCGCAAGAUGGAGAUCAUGGACGAUGACGUUCCCAGUCUGUUCUCCUACGGCUUCACCGACAGAGUGGGCAGCAUCAUUGUGAGCUGUGGAACGUGGGUGGGGUACCAGUACCCUGGUUACCGUGGCAGCCAGUACCUGCUGGAGAAGGGUGACUACAGGCACUUCAAUGAGUACGGCGCCCGCUGCCCGCAGUUCCAGUCUGUCAGGCGCAUCCGAGACAUGCAGUGGCACCAGCACGGGUGCUACACCAUGGCCAGCAAGUGAGGAGGAGGAGGCUGAGGAAGAGGAAGGAGGAGGGAGGAAGGAGAGGAGAGGGAGGAGAUUCAUCUGAGAUGAUGUUACAUCCUGGCCCAGAGAGGCAGGAGAGGGUAGAAAGAUGUGGUUGCUUUUAUUAUUUUAUGGGGUAGCCCUAUCCCCUCUCUCUCUCUUUCUCCCUUGCUCUCUUUCUCUUAACUCUACUCUUUCUAUUCCUUUACUCCCUACCUUUUUUCCCUCUCUCUUCUUUUUUGUCCUGCAAAUUGUUUUUUUCACCUGCUGUCCAAUGCAGGAACACCAAUGGGAAAUAAAAAGAAGAAGGGGAGAAAUAUCUAGUUGUUUUCACUGGUGAUUCUCAGGUCAGGAUCUGCCAUGGUUCAGUGGAAGCACACCCUCCAUUUAAGCCAUUUUAAAUCAGUUCAUUCUGGCUCACUGACCACUUUUCAAUAAACAAAAAUAUUUGACCUAA